AUGUGCGAGAUGCUGACUCGUCUGAACAGAGCGACGCAGCAGAUGAGGACAUACCAGCCGGCGGAGCACGAAGAGACGAGGAGUGUCGCGCCCCUACUCCAGUUCUUCGAGCUGGUGCAUGUGGGCGACACCAUCCAGAGUAUGGUCCAGGUGUACUUCGACAAGGAAUUGGCACCCCACAUUGACCGUACCGACUUCCUGAACGCCGUGGUGGAGCACAUUAUCAUGAAGCUCACCGGCCCCCGCGCAUACUACCCGCAAGAGGGUUCUCCACUCGAGCUGGGACCGUCGAAGGGCUGCGUCGAGGCGAUCCAGUGCCUGAAGAUGCAUUGCCAGCUGCUUAAGGGGAGCACGAGCAAGGAAGUGCUCGAGGUCUUCUACCAGGAGAUCGGUAUUCGCUUGAUUGCCAUCCUCCAGAAGCAUUUGAAGCGGCAGAUCAUAUCGCUCAACGGUGGAUUCCAGGUCAUCGCUGACUUGAAUGCGUAUCAUACAUUCAUCUCGUCAUUGAAGGCCAGCAGCAUCGCAGCUGAGGUUUCGUACCUCAAGAUGCUCGGGCACGUCUACGUGGUCGAGGAUGCGAAAGACUUGGCCCAGAUUGUCCGCGAUGUGACGCGCUACGGGGGCGCGUACAAACCGGAGGACGUAUACGAGUUCAUUCAGCGACGGGCGGACUGGCAAAAGAUGGAGAAGACGGUUGAUAAAGCCAUGUACAACCUCAGUUUUAAAGAGGACUGCAUGAUCUGCUGACUACCUGGGAUGCCCGUCUCACGACGUAAGACAGUGCGCACGAUUGCGUCCCGGCCUUGCAUCGCGAUCUCUGUGCUGAUGGUACAUGUGAGACUGUUCAUACACUGUCAUUGCUCGUGCGCAGGAUCAGGCCACCGAAGACACGGAAUGACAGCAGAGUCUUGGACCUGUUUGCGAACACUGGUGUGGGGUAGAAGGUGCGAGGAACCUAGGAGCGGCUCUGUUCAGGUCCACAGAUGAGUGUACCAAACUUGCAGUACACAUUUCGGGCGAGGACUUCUGAGCCUUAAGUUCAGGGACAGCUUGGAGACAGCUCACUUCACUGCAAUUUCCUCCGCCGUGAC